AUGCCGUCGUCGUCGUCCACAGCCGCGAAAAACACUCUGCCUCCCCUCAACAUUCAAGGCCGCACCACCACGCCCGCGUCCUUGCGUGGCGCCCACUUCCGCUACAGCAGCGACUCGGCCGUGCCAGUCACCACCACCACCACCACCACCACCACCACCACCAUCAUGGAGGACCCGGAGGCACGCCCCGAGCUGCAGACCUUCGAUUCUAGCGGGACGGGGAGCUCCAACGACGAGGCGUAUGCUCACGGCCAGGAGAGCGGCAGCUACAGCGACAGCGACGGCGUCGCCUCGAGGCAUUUCGGUCCAGCUGCUCCGCCUGGCGUGGACGAGGCAACGCUCUUGACAAAUUGGAGCAGCUACGGAUGGACCCCCAAUGGCGGCAGCUCUGGGCGGACAAGUACGCGCAGUUCCAUGGGCACCAGUGCGCAGCAAUAUGACACACUUCCUCCGGCUCAGGCAGCCAUGAACGGCCAAGCAGCUUCUUCACGGCAGAUCCGGCCAGGUGCCACCAGGCAGCCCAGCAAUGCCUACGCUCCAGCCCGAAGACCGCACCAAUAUUCCCUGAACACCUCCACACGACCGAGGAACAGUUCGACCCAGCGACGGAGAAAUCCCAACGCCGAGUACAGGGCGCAAGAGAAGGCGUACGUGCAACGCAUACGGCAGGAUGCACCCCAGGAGGAGUUCUACGGCGAGCCUAGGACGCCCAGCUUGGACUACAGCUCUGGCUCGGAGUCUGAGGAGGAUUCACCCACGAACGCCAACUAUGUCGAUCACGAUCCUGCUGAAGCCGAUACACUUCUCUACUACGGCAACGAAGACUUGGAGCCAUCGGUGGAGGAGCUGAAAGUGCCCGCGAACCGAGAGCGACUCGAAUGGCACGCGAUGCUGGCGAAUGUAUUGACUGGCGACGUCGUGAAGCAAGAGAAGAAACGGUUGAUUGGCGGGCCAGAGCAGCAAGGUGAGAACACAUUGAAGACAGAAGUCUGGAUCGGUGUACGGGCCAAAACAUGUGGCCGAUCCAUAGCGGCACAGAAGAGGUUGAUCGAAGACGGACGAUCCAAGAUCAAGCCGGCGAUAGAAUCAAUUGUGGCGUUCGAAAUCAAAGGUGAGGCAGAGGUUGGCCAGUCCGCGGUGGAACAGGUGCGGGAGAUUGUCAAGAAGAUCGAAAAGAUCGAAGGGCUCUAUCCCACUCGGCAGGCCUUUGAAGCAGCUCAUCCCCGUGCCGCUUCGACCGCAUACAGGGAAACCUGUGAUGCUGUCAUAGCAUGGAACAAUACAACAGAGCUCAUCAACACCGAACUGGGCAUCCUGCAAAGCUGGGUUGGGAAUAUGGAGCUCGACUUUACGCAGCCGCGGGUGUACCCAGAGAGCGAGCAGGGUAAUCAUCUCUUCGACGACAGUUCCUUCAUCGACCGAAUAUUAAAGGAGGAUGGAUUGAAAUCGUUACAGGGCGACAAGAGCUUACUGCAAGGAGUCAACACGGUCAUUCACAAAGCAAAGACCACGCUCAUCAGCAAUGCCGAAGCAUUCUCAGACCGUCACCUUCCGCCGUACAUUGAAGAGCUUCUCACAUUGAUCAACUUUCCCAGCCGCCUCAUCCAGGAAAUCAUACGCAUGCGACUGUCUUAUGCUAAAAAGAUGAAGGAUUCUGCACAGCAAGGCGUCAUGACUGCCGAGCAGAUGAUCUUGCAAUUUCAGAUCCUCCUGCAGCUUGCAGUCAAGAUCAAAGAAGCUUACAAUGUCAUCGCUCAGCCAGAGCCGGGCUGGGAUUUGCCUCCUUGCAUUGACGACAACUUCGAUUCUGUAAUUCUCGAUGCGUUGAAGUUCUACUUCAAAAUGCUGAACUGGAAGCUCAUGGCCAACAAGAACACCUUCAAAGAGGCAGAGAUUCUGGAGCAAGAGUGGGACUUUUCGAACGAGCUCGGUCGAUAUCUGGAUGGUGGUGAUGUUGAAGUUGCAGAACAAUUUUCAAGCUUGACUUCCAAGUCGAUGGUCCGUCUGGCUGCACAUUUCGAAAAAGAGCUACAAAGACCGCCGGACGAAGUUGCUGGUACUGCCGAGAUGGACAAACGUUACAAGUCCAUACUGGACUCCGUUCGUGUUCGCCAGCGCAAGAUUUUCCGAUUCGGCAGGAUCUUGAGUCAAAGAUUCGAGAAUGCAACAGAGUACAACAUCAACAUCGAGAACGAGCAGUAUGAAGACCUGCUGCUUGCACUGAGACUGUCGGGCCACUUUCUGAUUGAGACACCUCCUGGAAGCCCGCCCCCGCUCGUACUUGGGGAUGAGGCCAAGAGUGGCGCCAAAAUGUAUAUUCUUGCCAGUCCUGCUUUGCGGGAGCGGCCGAAGGAUAUUCAGAGCAUGCUUGGAACGUGCUACCAUGCUGAAGAUAGCCCAGAAGAUCCUAGCAAUCCAUAUGUCUUGAUUCUACGACCAGAGAAUCCGCUGUACUGGGAAGGUGCUCGCAUGGAGACUCCACUGGGCACGAUUGGGCAGGAAAUGCUCAAGACACCUCAGUCACUUGACUUGAAGACAGGUCGACUACGGCUUGUUGCCGACGGCAGCCAGCAGCGACUUGCAAAUGCAAAUAUGGCUUUCGGUCAGGCGACUGGUAAUUUCGACCUGACCGUGCUUGUCGAGCAACGAGCAAACUUGCCGCGAGUCAACCAAGAGCUAGCGAAGAUUCGCAAGACUGCGCACAAGCUCUCUAAUACUAUUAUGGACUCUGUCGCGAUCGUCCGCUCGCAGACGGAAGCCGCUGGCAGGAAAUGGGAGAGUCAAGAACUUAUCCAGACCUGCUUUGCUUUCGCAACCGAGUUUGGUCAGCGUUCUGCAAUUCACAUGGAUGCUCAGCGAAGGGCUAUCAACCAGCACAAGCUCACCAAGCUUGCGCUGGAUUGGGUGUCAUUCAUAUGUGACGAUUGUGUGGCGUCAGACCGGAAGACUUUCAGAUGGGCAGUCGUGGCGCUUGAAUUCGCAAUGGUCAUGACACGGGGGCAGAACAUCUUGUCCAUCUCCGACGAAGAAUAUGCGCUCCUCAGAAGCAAGGUGGCAGGCUGCAUGAGUCUGCUCAUCAGCCACUUCGACAUCAUGGGCGCCAGAGGGACCGUCGCCGCCCAAGCAGAGAAGCAGCGCAUGGAUGCCAUGGUGGGCAAGCUCAGACUGGACGUUGGGAAGCUGAAAGACGACGAAGAGAGCUCGCGCAUAGUCCGCGCGCAAUGGCUUGAUGAAUUGGACAAGAUCGAUCAACUGCGAAAGGAUCGCGAAGCUGAGCGACAGGCUUUGGGCCGAGUGCUCGAAGACUCUAACGACGCCGACCGUGCCCUUACCCAUCUUUCUGCUUCUGCCAGCAACGUCCAUCUGCGAUGGCAGCAAGGACAAUUCGUCGGCGGAGGCACUUUCGGAUCCGUCUACGCUGCCAUCAACCUGGAUAGUGGUCACUUGAUGGCGGUGAAAGAGAUCCGCCUGCAAGAUCCGAAGAUGAUUCCAACCAUUGUCUCGCAGAUCCGGGAUGAGAUGGGUGUUCUUCAGGUCCUUGACCAUCCCAACGUCGUCCAAUACUACGGCAUCGAGCCUCACAGAGACAAGGUCUAUAUCUUCAUGGAAUACUGCUCGGGUGGCUCGCUUGCUGGACUGUUAGAGCAUGGCCGCAUCGAGGACGAGAUGGUGCUCCAAGUAUACGCCCUGCAAAUGCUUGAGGGUCUUGGAUACCUCCACGAAGCGAACGUCGUGCAUCGCGACAUCAAGCCUGAGAACAUUCUACUCGACCACAACGGCGUGAUCAAGUUUGUCGACUUCGGUGCCGCAAAAGUCAUCGCGAAGCAGGGCAAGACUAUCGUCGCUGAUGGGCCCAAUGGCCGUGGCGAGCAACGCUCCGUCCAAGGAACACCUAUGUACAUGUCUCCCGAGGUCAUCAAAGGCGGCAAGCACCCGCACGCUCGUCUCGGCGCCGCCGACAUCUGGUCCCUCGGCUGCGUCAUCAGCGAAAUGGCAACCGGCAGCAGACCGUGGGCUAACAUGGACAAUGAUUUCGCCAUCAUGUACAACAUCGCCAACGGCAACUCGCCCCAAAUGCCGACCCGCGAACAACUUUCAGAGUCCGGUCUAGACUUUUUGAAACGCUGCUUUGACCGCGAUCCAGCUAAGCGAGCAUCUGCAGCGGAACUGUUACAGCACGAGUGGAUUCUUGGAAUAAAAGUUCAGCUUUCGCUUGAGCCAGGGACGCCGCAAACACCGAGUGUGCAGAGCGAUAGUUCAUUUGGUGGUCUCGUGACUCCUUCUAGUGAGAGGCCUAGCGAGGGCUCGCAGAUUUUGAGUCGGGGCAACUCUAGUAAUAUCAUUGGAGAGUCACCGUUGAGGGAAGAGGUGGAGCAGGAGGAAUAG